AUGCCAAAUAUCGUAGAAUGGGACUCGGAAGAGGACGGACACCGUCGCCAUCGCCGCAAGGCCUCCACGGUCCACGGAUGGGUGACCAAGAUGCGCGGGACGCUCUUGGGCAGCGAGAACACCCGCCGGCAGGGCCUGUACGAGAUGAAGGAGGCCCGCGCGAUACGGAGACACAAGCAGGAGCACCCCGAGGCGUACCGCACGCGCAACCGCAGCAACGGCGGCACCAUACUCUGGAUCUUCCCCAGGCGCAGUCGCCGCCGCCCUGAGCGCGAACACGACCACGGACACCGCUCGCACUCCCAUGGACACGCCCACUCCAACUCUCACUCGCACGGCCACUCGCAUUCGCAUGGUGGGCACGCACACUCGAACUCGCGCUCCCAUUCCCGCCGGCGCCGCCAUCACGACGAGCCUAGGUACGACGACCGCUAUCGUGAACGGCACUCGCGGCGGCACCCUUUCCUCCACUUCCACCACCGCGUCAGGCCGCACCAUCAUGGCGUCGGCACUUUCAUCAUGGGAUGUUUAUUGGGAAAACGAGACAUGAGGGAUAAGGGCAGAUAUCUCAUGCGGCUCGCUCAUAAGGAGAGACGCAGGGAGCGUCAGAUGCGCAGGAGGGAGAGGCGGGACGAGGCGUAUGCGAUGAAGAUGGACCGCACGUCGAACGGGCACACAUGGUGGCACAGGUGA